GAGAGGUAAGAUCGGACACCACAGGAUGUUGCACCUUUCUGUCCUUGGACCGCCCCGUAACGGUCCCUAGUAGUGAGGCACAGUCAUUCUGCCCCUCUCUGAGAGACUCCACGGAGGGCAUGUUAUGGGGACCCCUCCAUGGAGUCUCUCAAUAGGGGUCUCAUCUCCAGAAUUCUUCAGAAGACAGUGCCUCCCUCCUUUACUCGUAAUCUCCCCCAAACCUAACCGGGAUGCCCAAGUGAGGACUUUUUUGAGGGGAGAGGGCAGAAAUAAGAGUGAGACGGGACAACGGAGGAAGGGAUUUGGAGGACUCGGGCUGAAAGGAGAUUUGGGGGGCAGAUGCAGGCCUGGGAGGGAGCGCCACGUCCGUAGGAGAUACGGGGCUGGAGAAGCCCACAAAAGAUCUACACCGCGAACUCCAGCCUGCCCAGCCCCUCCCCUUGGGCUUUAAUAAACCUCAGCCCAGCCCUACAAGCAUCUGCUGGAGACUGAACGGGAGGGUCCACAGUUAGUCCAACAGCAAACUUCCUAGCCUCCUCCAUGGCUGCUGAGCCGCUGACAGAGUUGGAGAUAGCUAUUGAGACAGUGGUGAAAACCUUCUUCACCUUUGCUGUUCGAGAGGGGAAGAAAGGCAGCCUCAGCGUCAGUGAAUUUAAGGAUCUGGCCACCCAGCAGCUGCCCCAUCUCCUCAAGGACACAGGCUCCCUGGAUGAGAAGAUGAAGAAUCUGGAUGUAAAUCAGGAUUCCCAGCUCACGUUCCACGAAUACUGGAGGCUUAUCGGGGAACUGGCCAAGGAGAUGAAGAAGGAGAAAGCUGCAGAGAUGCGGAAGAAGUGAAGCUGGGAAGGAGGGAGAAUAGGGGAAGGUGAAGCAAUGACCCUCAUCCCCUAAUAAAGUUGUCUUGAAAUA